ACACACACUCCUCUGUUGUGGCCACAACAAGCCUGCUUAACCCAAGAUGAAGUACUUGGCGUUUGUGCUCCUGGCGGCUGCCGUUUGCGCUUCCGAAGUCGAGAAGCGAGAGGCGGAGCCCAGCGUGAUUCCUCACUCCGGCUACAGAACUCCACUCUAUCCUCGAUACUCCUAUGGACCAUCCUUCCCGACUCACUACCAUAAGAGAUCCGCAGACGCUGAGCCUUCCACUCUUUAUGGCGUCAGGGCCGUCAUCCGCACUCCUGUGUAUGGCGUGUAUGGACACAGCGUUCACACACUCCACAAAAGGGCUGCUGACGCUGAAGCUUCUCGACUUUACUCCCACGGAAGCUAUUCUCCCUUCCCCGUAGCCUACGGAGGAUACCAUGGUCACCGGUUCCACAAGAGGUCUGCUGAGCCAGAAGCCGAGGCUGAGGCUUCUCGGGGCUAUCUCCCUUACCUUCCAUACGCUCCACUUCCAGCUUACGGCCGACACAUCUACAAGAGGUCUGCUGAGCCAGAAGCCGAGGCUGAGGCUUCUCGGGGCUAUCUCCCUUACCUUCCAUACGCUCCACUUCCAGCUUACGGCCGACACAUCUACAAGAGGUCUGCUGAGCCAGAAGCCGAGGCUGAGGCUUCUCGGGGCUAUCUCCCUUACCUUCCAUACGCUCCACUUCCAGCUUACGGCCGACACAUCUACAAGAGGUCUGCUGAGCCUGAGGCAGAGCCAUCCCACCUGUACUCUCCUGUCUCUUACGCACAUACUUCUCUUCAUCGUCCUUCUGUUUAUCGUUCCCUCUAUUACUGAGCCGAGACAUAAUGGACAACGUGCAACAGGAGCCGUGGUGUGUCAUCUAAGGAAUUCCUUCGAAAAAGAUACAAUAAACUUUUCCAAUCGGAAA